AUGGAAAUUCUCUUCUCUGUGCUAUUCUUAUUCAAACACCGCCCCCAAACAAAAGUCCCAACCUUCUUCUCUCCAGGUGUCACCCCCAUGGAAAAAAGUUCUAAACUUCACAGUGUUCUUAGGCCAGAAAUCAGAGACUCAGAAUCCAGGAGAGAAAUGGGCGUUUCAAGUUCAUUCAAAGACCAAUCUCACACUCCCUCCCUUACCAGGAAGCCUUGGCCCUAUACCAUAUAUGCUCUCCUCCCCAUUGCUAUUUUUCUUUUGUUCUUUUACCGUCUACCCCUUCUUCCACCCUCAACAGAUCAGCUUCCCAGGAGUAACAGACUUAUCCUCUCGGCUUCUGUGCCUCCCUCUUUAUCUUCUUCGUCUUUCUCUCAAGAAGAGAAAAUUGUUAAUGAAGCUCCAUGUGACUAUACCAAUGGAAAAUGGGUACGUGACAAAUUGGGGCCUUUGUACAACGGCACAACCUGUGGUACGAUCAAGGAAGGUCAAAACUGCAUCACCCAUGGAAGAGCCGACUUGGGUUAUCUUUACUGGAGGUGGAAACCUAGACAAUGCAAGCUCCCAAGGUUUGAUCCCAACACUUUUCUUCAACUACUUAGAAACAAACAUCUAGCUUUUGUGGGUGACUCCAUGGCUAGGAACCAGUUGGAGUCCCUCCUUUGCAUGCUUGCCACUGCGUCUACGCCUAACCUUGUUUAUAGAGAUGGGGAGGAUAACAAAUUUCGUAGAUGGCAUUUUGCUUCUCACAACAUUACUAUUUCAGUUUAUUGGUCACCUUUUCUUGUUAGAGGUGUUGAGAAAUCAAAAACUGGUCCAGAUCAUAAUGAGUUGUAUUUGGAUCAUGUUGAUGAGAAGUGGGGGAAUGAUUUGGAGCAUAUAGACAUGGUUGUGUUAUCUAUUGGGCACUGGUUUCUACACCCUGCAGUUUAUUAUGAGGAUGACGAAGUAUUAGGUUGCCAUUACUGCCCUGGACUCAAUCACACUGAGAUAGGAUUCUAUGGUGUUUUGAGGAAGGCCUUAAAAACAGCCCUUAAGACCAUAAUUGAAAGGAAAGGGGCUAAUGGGAAGGGGACUGAUGCUGUUUUGACCACAUUUUCACCUUCACAUUUUGAAGGUGAUUGGGAUAAGGCUGGUGCCUGUCCCAAGACACAGCCUUAUAAGGAGGGAGAGAAGGUGCUUGAAGGAAUGGAUGCUGAUUUGAGAAACAUUGAGGUUGAAGAAGUGGAAGCUGCUAAAGGGAUUGCUAAACAAUUUCAAGGGUUAAGGGUAGAAGUGUUGGAUGUCACCAAGUUAUCAUUGAUGAGGCCAGAUGGCCACCCGGGGCCAUACAUGUACCCAUUUCCAUUUGCUAAUGGGGUUCAAGAGCGUGUGCAGAAUGAUUGUGUACAUUGGUGCUUGCCAGGCCCUGUUGAUACUUGGAAUCAGAUCCUAUUAGAAAUAAUGAGGAGAUGGCAGAUUCAAUCAUGGGUAGAGGAAUGAUGCAUUUACAAUAUCAAAAAAAUGUCUUUGUUCUACCUUCAUAUGUCGCCCUACUUGGUUGGUGCGUAUUGCUCCUUCAGAACGGCCAUAAGAAAUGAAGAUAAUCUGUUUGGCUUUCAUAUGAAACCAAUGAAAUGGAAAGAUAGUUGUCAGCAAGGAGAAUGGGAUGAGAGCUUAGUGGCGACAAGGAUGUUGUUUAUUUAUUUAAUUUUUUGGAGCAUUUGUUUGUUGCUUUUAUGUUCAAACGUGUAUAAAUGAUAUUUUGUAGAGGAAAAAUUAAAAUUCCUUGGCAGUUCUUUCCCUCUAUUAGUGCCUACAGUGGGGAUUUCUUUUAAUUCUUGUGAGUAAAACAGGGAGUUAGGU